CCUCAGGGUUUCGUUUCGCACUCCAUUUUGUAUACUCAAUGGUCCAUUUCCCACAGCACACCUCACUGAUUCUAUUAGCACAGCCAUCCCCCAGCCAUGGGCUCCAUACAUCAGAAUGACGAGUCCAUCAGCCUGAUAACUCAGCUAUCCCGCCGGGCCCCAAGACUCAGCAAUGAUCAAGACCGCGACGCCAAAAGAGAAUGCCUACAGCUUAGCAAAGCGCUGACAGCCCAGCUGGAGCAGCCGGAGAACGUAGCCAUCGACUUGGCUGGCUCGCCCAUGAUUGCCGUCAGUGCGCGCAUCGCCGUUGAUUUGAACCUAUUCGCAUUGAUCCUGCACCACGGACCUGUGACCUCAGCCAGACUGGCCAAGUUGUCUGGCGCCGAGGAGCUGCUGAUCGUGCGUAUCCUACGACCUCUUUCCGCCGAGCACUUCGUCGAGGAAACCGCCGCACGAACAUGGCAAGCAACGCGCAUCACGCAGGCCAUGAGCACGGCUGAAAUCGCAGCAGGGUAUAGAAUGAUAUCACAACUAAUCGUGCCCGCCAUGCAAAGCGCCCCCUCCUACUUCCAAACCCGAGGACCCUCCUGCCCCAUCGACCCAACCGACGGCCUCGUCCAACACGCCUUCCAAACGACGCAGACGACAUUCGACCGGAUCGCCGCCUCGCCGUCCCUCCUGUCCGACUUCGCCCUGUUCAUGGGAAACACCAUGGGCGCCAGGAAGUACUGGGUGGACUGGUACCCGGUGCAGGAGCGGAUCUUGGACGGCGCAGACACAGAGAAAGUCCUGAUUGUGGACGUCGGCGGUGGCAAAGGCCACGAUCUGAUGGCGUACCAGGCAAGGUUCCCAAACUCCGGAAAGCUGGUGUUGGAGGAUCUAAAGGCCGUCACGGACGCAGUGGAUGGGGAUGGGGAUCUGGACCCGGGGAUUCAGAGGCUUGAGUAUGACUUUUUCACGAGGCAGCCUGUUUGCGGUGCUCGAGUCUACUUCUACCAUCACAUCUUGCACGACUGGUCGGAUGCGUACUGUUUACGGAUUCUGGACCGCGUGGCGGCGGCCAUGACGCCGGGGUACUCGAGGCUUUUGAUCCAUGAGAUGCUGGUGUUGGAGCGGGGGGCGUCGCGGUUCCAGGCGCAGCUGGAUAUGACGAUGAUGGCGUUUAACGGUGGCAUGGAGCGGACGAGAGAGCAGUGGCGGGCGCUGCUGGAGAGGGCGGGGCUGACGGUGGUUGGGUUCUGGGAUCCGGUUGAUGAGGGCGGCGAUGGGAUUGUUGAGGCGAUGGUGAGUUAAUCAGGACGAUUGGUGGUUAGGUAGGAUCUGGUUUAAUUGUAGGUGUUCAAUUGAUGUUAUGUUAGUCUGCUCAGGUCUGUUUUUUCCGGCUGAGGGAGAUCGUUAGUAUAAAGGGAUGGGGACGGUUAGAAAUAAUAACCAAGACUAGGUGCCAUUACGAUCGAUCACAUUAAC